AUGGUCUCGCCGGCAUUGUUUCGGAUUCUGAUCGUGGCCUUUGUGGCCCUCGGCAGUGUCACAUAUGGUUACUGCUCCAGCAUCAUCGCCACGACUCUCGGGCAGCCGUCAUUUAUCGCUUACUUUGAACUCGAUACUCGUCCAAAUGCCACACAGCUUGAGGGUGCCAUCAAUGGACUCUUCCAGGCGGGUGGCCUCUUCGGAUGCUUGUCUUGCAUCAAGUCCGCCGACUAUCUUGGUAGAAAGCGUGCCAUUUUGUUCACCUCCAUUAUUGCUCUCGUUGGAGGCGCUCUGCAGGCUGGUAGCGUCAAUAUCGCCAUGUAUCUCGUUUUUCGUUUCGUGACAGGGCUUGGUAUAGGUUCAAUGGUCGUCCUCAUCCCUCUCUACCAAUCUGAAAUUGCACCACCUCGUAUUCGCGGCCUUCUCGUCGGUAUGCACGGUGUCAUGAUCUGCAUCGGAUACGCUCUCGCCAGUUGGGUCGGCCUUGGGUUCUUCUUUGUGAACGCGUCUGGUGCGCAAUGGCGUCUUCCACUAGCUAUACAGUGCCUCCCGCCUCUAUUUCUCGCGAUCGGUAUUUCGUUUCUUCCCGAGUCGCCUCGAUGGCUCCUGGAUCAGGAUCGUCCAGACGAGGCUCUCAAGGCCUUUGAAGCGGUUCGAGCAGAAUCCGACGAUUCAAUGCUGCAGGACAGGACAGCUAUUCUGGAAGAGUUUCGCAUGCUUAGAAGCCUCAUUCAACAUGAGAAGAUGGCUAAACAUCGAUUCAUUGAUCUUUUUACUUCGCCUGGAAUGCGCAAAAGGUGUCUGAUUGGCUUUCUUAUCUUGUUUGGCUGUCAAGGAACUGCCACUUUGGUGAUUAAUAAUUAUGGCCCGACGCUAUAUAAAGCUCUCGGUUUCUCCACCGUUCGUCAGCUUCUGAUUCAAUGCGGUUGGAUUACCGUGUGUCCCUUUGGAAACAUCAUCAAUUCGCUUAUUGUAGACCGUGUUGGCCGUACGCGUCUGCUUGUUGUUGGCUUUACCGGUGUCAUCACGGCUCUUGUUGGCGAAUGCAUCACCGUCAGUAUCUUCCAACGCACGGGUUCGCGAAGCGUGGCUGGGGCAGCUGUCUUCUUUCUCUUCUGGCACAUGGCUUGCUUUUCAUCGACUUCCGAUGCCACCUCUUACAUCUAUGCAUCCGAGAUAUUUCCAACUCCCCUGCGCGCAAAGGGCCUCGCAGUAUCCGUCUCUGGUCUUUUUGUUGCGACCAUCAUAUUCUUACAAUGUGCACCAACUGCCUUUGCAGUUAUUGGUUGGAAGUAUUACCUAGUCUUCAUCGGCUGUACCACCGUGAUCGGCACUUUCAUAUGGUUUUAUUGUCCCGAGACUAGCCAAUUAUCCCUUGAACAAAUCGGUGAGCUCUUCGGAGACUCGGUUGAGGGAGUAUAUACAGACGAAAAGCUUGACUAUGCUAAGAGCAAUACUAUCGAGGAUGUCUCUGCUGUUCCACCUGAGACUGCUGAGAGAGAUGCUGAGAGAGUUUAG